AGUUGCUUUUCGAUUUCUAUCGUUGCCUAGGUUGACACGGGCUGAGAAAAUUGCUGAGAAAUAGGAAAUUAAAUUAAUUGACAAAGGCAUUUCCAAGACUAACAACAAAAUGUCGACAGCAGGCUCUAUUCCUCCACCAGUUUCCUGGGCUCAACGCAAUGACUUGGUCUAUGUUAUUAUUGAUGUGGAGUGCAAGGAUAUUGAACACAAAGUGACAGAAAAUAGCUUCACCUUUAAGGGUAUCAAUGCGCUGGAUGCAUCAAAGAAAUAUGAAGUCACAUUGAACUUUUUGCACUCCGUGGAUCCGGAAAAGGUGACAAACAAGAAUAUUGGACGCUGUCUGGAAUUCACAAUACCCAAAAAGGAGAGCGGUCCAUUCUGGCCAACACUGACCACGGAUAAGACCAAAUUGCAUUUCCUUAAAGCAAACUUUGCUAAAUGGCGUGAUGAGUCCGAUGAUGAGGAUGCCGCGGAUUCCAAAGACAAUGGAAUGUUUGGCAAUUUCCUGAAUAAUCAAGGUGGCGAUUGGAACAAUAAGUUUGAUGACUUUAAUGUCGAUGAUGACGACGAUGAAGAGGACUCGGAUGAUAAUAUCCCCAGCUUGUCCCAGACCGAUGAGGAUGAUGAAACUGGUGCUGAAGGUGAUAAACAGAAGAAACCAGCUGUUUAAGCCAAUCAAGCAACAAAAGGAACCCAUGUUUUCAUUCUCUUUUAUCAUCUAUCUCUUCGCUGUGGUGUCGCCUAGCAUUUUUUGGAGUAGUAGCCGCGAGGGGCGCUUAAACCAUUAUGUUAUCACACAAAACACAAGUCACUCCUCCCCGAACAACAUAUAUACACACAAGAAUCACCUAUCCAUAGCAACUCUCUCACACACACACUCACGUACAUAAGAUUACUAUUCCAAAAACAAACAACAAAAGCAUAAUUAACAUUUUUAAUGAAUAUGCGUAUUCAGAAGAGAGAAAAUGUUAAUUGAAACAACAAGCAACACAAGGAACAAUAUUUUGGCGCCGACUAAACGGAAAACCCAUAAGGUUUACGCUAGAAUUUAACAAACAAAAAUUAUAUAAAAAGCUACCAACCAA